AGAAGGAGGAGGAGGAGGGCGCCGCGCUCCCAGCCUGCUCCUCGGCCGCGCAUGCCCGCGGGCCCGGCGGCGGCCCGGCGCCCGCCUCCGCUUCUCCUCAUGAGGCGGAGGCGGGACGGGGCGCCGGGGGCUGCCGGCGGCCGCCGCUCCUCAGGCACAGGAAAAACUGCGUUUUGUCUUCCCUGCACUGGACUGGACUGGAUUCAGCAAGCGGAGACACUCAACUCUAAGGCAUAGACCACAUUUUCUACUGGAAUAAAGCAACUGCAAUGGGAAAAAAUGUAUUCUCCUAGUUCCAUGAACAACUGAAGAUACGUGGGACAAUGCACAGUGUAUAUCCUGAUAACAUUUUGUGUGCUGUGACGUGGUCUUUGCCAUGGCGUCUGAGACUGAAAAGGCCCAUGCUCUCCUCCAAACUUUCAGCACAGCUUCAGUUAUUUCUAGUCUAGGUUUGGGAGUAUUCUGCUUUGUUGCAGACAAGCUUCUGCAGUUUUCCUUCAUUCAGCAAAACGACUGGCUCCGAGCCUUCUCUGAUAAUGCAGUGCAUGGUAUACUAGGAAUGUGGUCCUGGGCGAUAGUGAUCGGACUCAGGAAGAAAAGCGACUUAACGGAAGUCACCCUGGCUGGCUUCCUUGCCUCCGUCAUCGAUGUGGACCACUUCUUCCUUGCUGGCUCCCUGUCAUUAAAGGCUGCUCUGAAUCUUCCCCAGAGACCACUUCUCCACUGUUCUACUGUGAUUCCUGUUGUGGCUCUGACAUUAAAGUUUAUUAUGCACCUUUUCAGGCUUAAAGACUCAUGGUGCUUUCUUCCUUGGAUGUUGUUCAUAUCCUGGACUUCUCAUCAUGUUCGUGAUGGGAUUCGUCAUGGCCUCUGGAUCUGCCCAUUUGGAAAAACUCCUCCUUUGCCAUAUUGGCUGUAUGUGGCAAUAACAGCAUCUUUACCUCAUCUGUGUUCAUUUAUUAUGUAUUUGACGGGCACUAGAGAAUUAAUGUCUAUAAAACACGGGAUUCACAUUGAUGUGUAAGGAUGAUAGGUCUGAAGUUUUUCGUAUUAGCAGUUGAAAUGAGCUGUGUUUGUCACUAAUAUGGUUUCCUUAUGUUCCCUGUUAAUUCCAAGUUAGGCAUUUGAAGCCUGUGGAGCCAGUUACAGCUCCCAUGUCGAUUUGCUGUGGUCACAGAAACCUACUCUAUAAAUGCUAAUAAUUUCAUAUUUAUACAUUCCCCUUGAAAAAUAUGUGGUCAUUAUCAUUCAUGUAUAGCUAACUAAUUUAUGAAGCACUUGGUCUCUCUGUAGUAACUAUGUUACACUUUGCUGUCAUCAUGCCAUUCACCUGAUCACCAUUCACUCCAGAUUUGUAUUCUGGCUACAUUUUGUCUGGACAGCAUUUGUAUAGCACUUUAAAAACAUAAAGUACUAUAUAGAUGCUAAGUAUUAUAGCGUAGCAGUGUGUGCCACUUCUGAAAAACAUCAGUUAGCCUUUUGAGGUGAUUUAUUUGUUUUUCUGCUGGACUCUUGUAUUCAGUAGUUUUUGUUUGUUUGUUUGUUUGUUUAAAUGCUUUUUUUUACUUCAAAAAGUGAAGCUGUGAAUCUGCACCUCGUUCAACACGAACUGCCAUAAUACAGUGUUUACACUAAAUUCUGUUCUUCUGUAGUUGCUGGAUACUCAGUUUGCAGGCAAUUAGACAACGGAAAGAAGACAGUUUGAUUACAAUGUUAUGUGAGUCAACAAGAGUGCUUGAUUUAAAAUACAUUAAUUAUGAAUAUUUAAUUUGGAACUAAGGAAUUCUAGUAAAUAUUUAAGGACUGUUUAAAGGCAAACUUGCUAAUUACAAUGAUGUGUAAGCUUUACAGAAGAUUCUGGAAGGUAUAAGAAAAUAAAAAUUGCUUAAAAUGUGA